CCCUCAACAGAUGGCGGGACGAGCACACUGGUGAGUGGUGACGUCUACAUGUAAACAAAAAUGACAGAAUUAAACCGCGAGCUGCAGGAAUAUUUAUCAAGAGCAGAUGGCAAGAGUGAAUCCAAGGAGCCUCUCUUACCAACCUCUCUUCCCAAGAUCACCAGCAUCCCGAAGUUGUCGUCGUGGUUCUCCAGAAACGGAGCCACGGGAGGAGAGAACCUGGUAGACGAGGAGGCUGGAGGGACUUCGCGCACCUCAUCUUCCUCCUGGUUCUCCUCAGCCCAAUCGGACCCAUGCUUCCCCAGUCUGGGACGGAAACAAAGAAUCUUGGGUUUCCUGGCAUGCGUUGUGAUGGGCUUGAUAUGUUUCUCACUUGCUGCGAUGUAUUUUCCUGUACUUGUGUUUAAGGCGCGCAAGUUUUCUCUUCUGUUCACGCUGGGCAGCGUUUUCUCUGUGCUAAGUUUUUCAUUCCUGUGGGGUCCUAUCAACCACCUGAAGCACCUGUUUUCUUCUGAGAGGAUAGUAUUCACCACGGUGUACUUCGCCUCCCUCUUUGCCACUCUGUACUGCCUAAGCUUGCAGUCCACCAUAUUUACCUCCAUUACUGCCAUCAUCCAAGUAGCAGCACUGCUUUGCUUUGUUCUCAGUAACAUUCCAGGUGGACAAACUGGACUCAAAUUUUUCUCGAGCAUAUGUUCCUCCAUGGUAAAGACAACAGUGUCCAAAGCUCUGCCAGUUUAGCACUUAAGUGUGUUCAUAAACUUUCAGUUAAUUUUGUACCUUUUGUGUGAGUGAGUGUCAACAUACAAAGUCAGUAUUGUUUUCUCAUCUGGUUUCUCACUUGGAUGAAUAUCAUUUAAAGUCUUCUCCUAAAUGUUAAUUAGGAAACAUAUCAUAAAUGUUAUUCUGUACUAAAGUAUUUAUUGUUGACUUCCUUCAUGUAUCAUUGAUGAAUAUAUGGGCUGAAUGAAUGACCAACUCUACAUUUUCAUAUAUACUGUAAGGUACUUGUAUAUUAUAGUCUCUUUAUUCUUGAAUGGUCAGUGCUUUAACUAGGAUAAGGAUCAGAUCAAGCUUUGAAAUAUUGUACUCACUGGAAAUUUGGCAUCAUUAUAACAAAGAUCAGUACUCGGAGAUUCAUGAUUAAGUUGAUGAAAGAUACACAGAUUGGAUAUUUUGCUGAAUGACAUCCUAUUUUGAGAAUAUAUGUACUAUUUUGGAAUGCAUGAAAUGCUCAAUCUUGGCAUUAUCAUGGGAAUGUAGGUAAGGUUUUUUUUUUAUUGAUAUAUUACUAUUAUUUUUGUUGUUAUUAAUACUAUUGUUAUUAUUUAGAAAUUUUUGUUUUUGAAAAUUUUCCUUUCUUUUUAACUCUAGUACUGGGUCACUGUAGUAGUAUCAGUAUGUGUAGAUUCAUGGUUUUGAUGGACACUGAACAAGAUUGCUAAACACUAAAUUGGGGUAAAGAUAUGGAAACAUUUUGGCAUCAUCAUUCAUGACAAUGAAUGAAGGUUUGCUCAUUUAGACUAUUUAAGUGACAAAAUUGAGGUGCGAUGAAAAUAAACAUUGAUUAAAUCUAAAAGGUAAUAUGGCUAAAUUUACAGAGUAACUGUCUCUAAUGCCCACUUAUAGACAGCAUAUGAGUGUGCCAACUUCCUGAACUGUAAUGAAUUAACAUCUAUAAGUAUUUCAUGAUUAGAAUUUUAUGCUAUGCAGCAAUCUCUUAACAUGUCAAAUAUUUGGCAUUACUGAUCAUAUGCAUAGUACUCCUUUAGUUUUGUGUUAAUUAUAUAUGUUAUUCUGCAGAGAACAAAUAAUAUAUUGUUUCAUAUUUGGUACUUGUGUAGUCUUGAAGUUAUGGAAUAUUUAACAUUACUAUCAGAGAACUCAUUUACCCAGAACUUGAAACUUGGACAAAAUAGAUUUCACUCAACUAAACGUACAAUGUUCGUAGAUGGGGACCUGAAACAUCUAUGAGUAGUUUUGUCUUCUGAUUUAAUUCUUUUACUGUUUUCUUUUUGUGGAUGUCACUCCACAUGUGUAGUAAAAGAGUCCUAUUUUAAUUGGAAAAAGAAUAUAGUAAUAUGAACAGUGUUGUAACUUUGUAUUGUAGGAUAGAGCACCAAAAUCUCUGAGAUCCAGCAUAGGCACUUCUGUCAUUUUUCAUAGCAAGAUCGUCAGCAUGAAUUGUAGUUGCAUUCAUUUGAGAAAAACACAGUAAUGAAUAACAUAACUUUGAUGUAGGUUUUUAAGUGACAAUUGACUGGUCCCAUUAUAUAAUUUUUAUGCACUUCCUGUGCUGUAGUAUAAUUAUGAGUCCCAUUCAUGCUUGCACAUACAUGUUACACUGGUUUAUGGUUACACAGUAUCUAGUUGUGUGAAAAAUCAUUGUACACUAUAAAAGGUGUGUAUGGAUAUGUUUUAAUUUGUGUAUGAGCAAUGGUAAUUAACCAUUCUAUAUAUGUAUAAUCAACAAAUAUAGUAUAUUUAUAUAUAAAGAUAUGAUUUUGCAAUUUGAAUAUGUGUACUCUGUUUAGAAUACCAGAUGUAUGACCUGCAAAGACUGGCAUUCCACUAGUAACCAAAUCUGCAGUUUAGGUAUUAUUACUCAUGGAAGAAGUACAAAUAAAAAGUUUGGAUUAUCUCGAAUAUAUGCUUCAGUUAAAAAUGGUUGGAAAGAUCAUAUGUAAGCUUAUAAAUGCAUAAAACUGUAUUGCUAAUUCAAAAGUUAGGUUGAGUCUGCUGAUAAUGCAGCUUGGAAAUGUGUGGAAGAAAAUUGAGAUUGAAUGAGAUGAAUGAGUAAAGAAGCGUAUGAAGUGGGCGUAUUGCAGGAAGAUGAAUGUAAUUUUUCAUGGUAAGUUGUUUGAGGAGAUAGACUAAUAUCUUAAUCAUUUACUGUUGUGGAAGGAUAUCUGUGAAGCAAGGUUUGGAAAGAAAUUGGCCAUUCAGUUAUAGGUCAUCUGGAGUGAAUGCAAAGAGCAAAGUGUGUGAAUACUAAAGAGAAUGAUAAAAAAAAAGUUUCAGUAUAAUGGAAAUUUAGAUGUGUGAAGAAAUGUACGUAUGUACUGAUACAUAAUGGUAGAGUAAGAAUUGAUGACAGAGUAUUUAAAGAUGAUUUAUUGAAAUGUUAAAAGGUGAGGAGAAAACUUCUAAUGGGAUGGAGUGAAGAGUGAUGCAGUGUGAAGAGAGGAAGAAAGACUGCACAUGAUGAGGCUGAAUGGAGAAUAGUUAGAGGUACACACAACACAAAGUGAUACAGUCAAUAGAGCUACAAGAAGCUUAUUUGCACUUGCUCCAAAUCUAUGUAUGUAGUCUUAUCAGACAUUUGAAAGAUGUAGCAGGGUCAAACAGUUCUGCUUUCAGGCCCUAAUAUGGAGGGAUAUGGUUGUGCUUGCACACUUGACACACAUAUAAGAGUGAACAGUGAAGGUUUAUUCUCUCUAUCAAUACAGGUUCAGCAGUUAGAAAUGACUCAGUUUUAUUGUAAUGAAUGUAUGUCUUGCUUUGGUAGUGACAGAUUUAUGAAUUUAUUAUAUAUGUCAAAUGCAUUUCUAUUGAGAUUUGAGAUUGACUAUUUACAUCUUUACCAUAGCUCACUGUUUAUUAUUUCUAAUAUCAAACAUCCAAUGUCAAUGAAGGUACAUACAAUUUAACCUUUUGCAGAUCUGAUAUUUCCUUAAGUGUUUGUAGAAAUAGAAUUUUUAAGAUGCAGUAAUUCACAAUUAAUUAGGAGUAGGAAUGUAUCUUAUACAGUGUGUAUGUGAUUAACAUUAACAUGUUACUUAUUACUUGUUUAUACCAAUCAAUGAGAUAAAAAUAUUGAUAUAAUUA